UCCACAAAGCUCCAAAGGCCAAAACUACCUUCCUGCUCAAGACAUUUUUUUUAGUUAUCCAUCCCAUCCCCCGUAGGCUGUUGGAUAGCGCGCGGUGCAGCCGAGGAGACCUCGCGGUCGAAGAACGAAGACAACCUCUGUUUCCGGCGAGACGGCGAUGAGGAACCCGCCGGGCAGGCACCUCCUCCGCCUCAGCAGCCGCGCCGUGCGCUCUUCAUCCUCCUCGUCGGCGCUCGGCCCCGGCGCCGGCGCCUCCACCUCCGCCGCGUCCCCACGCCCGCGCGCCGUCGCGAGCGGGCGGCCCCUGCGCGCCAGCUCCCCGCCCCCGCCUUCCGCGGUCGCCGCCGCCGCGUACUGGGAGUCCCGCGCGCUCCGCCGCGACGGGGAGGAGGAGGGGGACUGGGAGGAGGUCGUCGCCGGAGCCGGCCCCUCCGGUACCGGGGAGAUGGAGGAAGAAGAGGAGUACAGGGUGGUGUUCUGGUCCCCGCCCACCAUAGACGAGGUCACCGGCGCAGUCACCAGCAUCCAGGAGGUAUUUGAGAAUCCUCUUGGAGACACAACUGACAGACAGUUGUCUGCAUCAGGACAUUCAUCUGGCAAUUCAUCUGGAUCAGAUGACUGGAUUGAACCUGCUGCCUAUGUUCUUAACUCUACUGCACUUCUUUCAAGGGAACAUAGGAAUGUUUUGGAUGCUUUCCGUCUGUUGCAAAAGGAUCCCACCGUUCAGAAAAUGGUUAUGUCUUUGUCAUGCGAUAAGGCUGUUUGGAAUGCUGUCAUGAAUAAUGAGGCAGUUCAAGAUUUCAGGAGAUCUUUACAUGAUGGAAAAGAAAAUGACAAAAAGGGAGACACUGGUGGUCCAGCUGAAGUGCUUAAGUGGAUCCUGGAAAGUGCCCAGGCAAAAAUAGUUGAAUUCCUUGAGAAUGUUAUGAAGAUAAUCAACAUGCUGAUCCACCCUCAAGAGGAUGAUGAUAAGCCAGAUGCAUACAGUGAUGCAGUUAAGGUGUCGUUCAUGCUCACGGUAUUCGUCUUCAUCGUGGUGGCCAUUGCUCGUAUCAAUUAUGAACAUUGGGAUUUCAAAGUGUGGUGAGGCAGAUUCUGGCAUUCUACAAGCUCGUCUGUAUAUGUUUUGUAGAACACACCAAGCUUCAUAACUUAGCCUAUACAAAAUUUUACAAGGGAAUGUUGUUGUUCUGGGUCAUAUUUGUGUGCCGGAUGGACCUCUGUAGCUACGCCUCCUACUCCAGCAGUCCAGCAUCAGCAAAUUUCAUGUUUGCAGUCCUUCAUCGUAAGGAUACAACAUUAACUGUUGAAAUAGCCCGCAUAAAUGUCAAUUGAUAAAAUUCUUUGUAUAAAUAAAGUUACAGGCUGACUUUGAUUUGAUUUGCUC